UUUAUAUCUCUGAAGAUAUCGACCAAUCGCGAUCAAUCGACCUAUCGGUCCAUCUUAUGUCAACAGGUUGUCGUUUCGACUAUAUAUGUGUAUAAUAUUUCCCAAUACAAUUUAAUACAGAGUCCCGAGUCGGUCGUGGGGUGUUCAGAUACUUAAAUACUGAAUCUCAUUUAAAGGAAUACUCACGAAUAGAAUCUCCCUUACAAUGUACCCAUUCGGCUCUGGAAUGCCUUACCCAUCGCAACCUCCCACUUCGUCCAGCGAACCACCACGAGCACCUUUUGGAGCUGGGUGGGUGCAACCGAUGAACCAGAACCCUCCAUACCCGCCACCUACCCAGUCACAGUUCCACCCUCAACAUCCGCCCCAUGGGCAACCGUAUAUUGCCCAUCAGAGUGUUCGUGCCCCAUAUCCUUCACCGAUUUCGGCGCCCUACCCGAGCACUUCAUUCUCUCCGAACCAAAACCCGUACUCUGCACCUUCGCACAGCUCAUCAUUCGCUUCCCAGCACCCAUUUCAACAACAUGUGCAACCAGGCUUAGGUAACGCUUCUUCUUUGGAUCAUGGACCCAUACCACCGGGAAAUGUGUAUGGACAAGGAAAAGGGCAAUGGCAGGGAUACGGAAGCGGAGGCGGAAAUGGGCAGGGUCAUUGGCAUGGGCAAGGGAAUGGGCAUGGUCAAGCGCACGAGUAUCGGCCACCCACAGCUCUCAAAGAGGGAACACCCACUGUAAAACCUGCGCAGGGUUUCGACCCUGUUAAGGAUGCCCACGACCUUCGAAAAGCCAUGAAGGGUUUUGGAACUGACGAGGACGCGCUGAUUAACAUAAUUUGCCGACGUUCAAACGAACAGCGCCAGGAGAUCCAGCGUCAGUACAAGACCCACUUCGGAAAGGACUUGAUUGAAGACAUUAAGUCAGAGACGAGUGGAAAUUUUGAAAAGUUACUGGUCGGCCUUCUUCGCCCAAUCGUGGACUUCUAUUGCGCUGAGUUGAAUGAUGCCAUGGCCGGAAUUGGAACCGAUGAGGAGGUCCUCAUUGAAAUCCUUUGCACGCUUUCCAAUAUGGAAAUCUAUACAAUCAAAAAUCAGUACUUACGGUUGUACGGCGCUCAUCUUGAGUCUGAGCUAAAAUCCGAGACAUCUGGAAACUUUAAGCGGUUGCUUAUCUCGCUUUGCACAGCAGCACGCGACGAAAGUGGACGCGUGGAUCCCAACGCGGCCAAGGACGACGCUAGAGAACUACUCAAGGCCGGAGAAUUACGAGUUGGCACGGACGAGAGCAUGUUUAAUAUGAUACUCUGUCAGAGGAACUAUCAGCAAUUGAAACUGAUAUUCCAAGAGUACGAGAACAUGACGGGUCACUCGUUGGAGAAGGCCAUCAAAAAGGAGUUUUCUGGUGACAUUAUGGAAGGUCUAAUCGCCAUCUUCAGGUGCGUCACCAACAAGGCCGACUACUUCGCGUCGCGCUUGCACAAGUCCAUGGCUGGCAUAGGAACCAACGACACCCAGCUGAUCCGCGUAAUAAUCACGCGCAGUGAGAUCGAUAUGGUUGACAUAAAAGUGGCAUUUGAACGUUUAUACGGCAAGACCUUGAAGAGCUGGAUUAAGGGUGAUACUUCCGGCCAUUAUAAACAUGCUCUUUACGCACUGGUGGGCGAACAGCGCUCUUCUUAACCAUUUAUUUUUUAUUCGUAUUUUAAAUCGGAAUGAAUGCAAUUAUUCGAAUAUUUUAAAUUUGAUAUAUAUUUAUAUAAUAUACGCAACUAUGGUGUUGCUGAUUUACGGAUAGCGCUAAGGGCUGCCAAUUAUUUUCUUAAAAAGACUUUCUUAUUUGUUUGUCCAGCUCAAAAUUGGUUGAAGCUUUUAAAACGCACUUAUAAAAUAUUAAUUAAGGGAUACGCAUUUUCCCAUAUUAAAAUUGAAAUUAUGUAGUCAAUUAGGCUUAGUAUGCAGCUUACCAGCUUCAACGAAACUGUCUCCAACAAAUUUUAGCCUUCACCAGAGCAUUUACAAAUGCAACAGGUACUCCGAACUAUUUGCAUUUGAAUUUAGAUGGAUUUUAUGUAAUGUGCUCUUCAUAAUGAACUUUUUAGCCUUUAUUAAAAUAAAAUAUUUAACAACUUA